ACAGUCUGCGCUAGUAUGAGAAACGCGCAGUGGGGUUUUAGGCUCGUGGGAAGGAAGAGAGGGAGUUGAGAGAGAGAGAGAGAUGUGUGGAAUCGCUUUGAUUGUUUCUGGGAUUCGUUUGGAGCUCUCUGCUCUUCUUCUCCAUCUCCAUUCCACACCUCAAGCUCUCACCUCCGAGCAACUUGUUUUCAGCAUAGAUGAUCUCAAAGCUGCUUUACGGAGGAGGGGUCCUGAUAGCUUAGGAAGCAAGAAACUUUUUCUCCAUCAUCCACGGGUUUCAUGCCCCCUACAAAUCCUUUCUUUCGUUGAGGGACAAAGGGUAGUAGAAAACGAAGAGUUUGGUUCUCAGCAGAUUGGAGAAGGGACCUAUUGCUUCCCUUCGGAAAAUGGUCGAACAUCUGAGGUGCCAAAUUCUGCUGCUGAAUUGCACUUCAUUGGUGCCACUUUGCAGCUAAGGGGAACAAGUCCUAUUGUUCAGCCAUUGAUAGAUGCUUCUAGGAAUAUCCUUGUUUACAAUGGUGAAAUAUAUGGGGGAUUGCACAUUGGUAGUGAUGAGAAUGAUACUGAAGUUCUUUUGCAAACCUUGGAAAAGUGUUGCUCCUGCAAUUCCCAUUUGAAUAAUAGGAUAUGUCAUUGUGAUGAAAGAGGGAAACUUUCUGUUGUUGAUGUCCUUUCCACACUUAAAGGGCCUUGGGCCAUCAUCUAUUGGCAGGAUCGUACAAGGACUCUGUGGUUUGGCCGAGAUGCAUUUGGCAGGCGGAGUCUCCUAGUCCACUGGCCUACAGUGGAAGACCCUCGGUUUCUGUUGUCUUCUGUUUCACCCAUCUCAUCCAUUGAGCAGAGUUCUGACUUUGAAGCUGAAAAUGGAACUACAAAUCUUAGAUUCUGGGAAGAGCUUCCAUGUGGCAUAUACAGUAUAACAGUAGCCUGUCCAGUUCAUGAUGGUUUUAUGGUUGGUGAAGUAAAAAAGCAUGAAUGGACUGAUGCCAUGCUGGAAGAACUAAUAAAAUGGGAGAGAAACUGUGUUGAACCGAAGCCUGAAGAUUUGCAUGCUUCUCGCUGUAAGAUUAAGACUCUUAGAGGGCAAAAUGGCAUGCACUCGGCUUUAUCAGAUAUAUUGCCAUGUGAAGCAGCUCCCAUACAAGCUUCGGUUCCAGUGGCAGCAGAGUCUGUGUUAUUUGCUUUAAGGGAGUCUGUUAGGCGACGCUCUUCCCUGCAUACUAUCUUUCAGGCAGAUACUUGUGGUGUACAGAAGGAUCUCGUUCCAGUGGCUGUUCUUUUUUCUGGCGGAUUGGAUUCUAUGAUUCUUGCAGCACUGUUGCAUGAGUGCUUAGAUAUUAGUUAUGAGAUUGAUCUACUUAAUGUGAGCUUUGAUGGUCAGACUGCUCCUGAUAGAAUCUCUGCUAGAGCGGGAGUAAAGGAACUGAAAAGUAUCAUACCUUCAAGAAAGUGGAAACUAGUGGAGAUUAAUUCUGACUUGUCAACUUUGACCUUUGAAACAAAGCAUGUUAUGUCUCUCAUAAGUCCAGCUAACACCUACAUGGACCUCAAUAUAGGAAUAGCUUUGUGGCUAGCUGCUGGUGGUGAUGGAUGGGUAUAUGAGGGGCAUAGCAGUUCUAAUUAUUGUCAACGCAUUAAAUACAAGUCAAAGGCUAGGAUUCUCCUUGUUGGUUCUGGGGCGGAUGAGCAAUGUGCUGGCUAUGGAAGGCAUAGAACAAAAUUUAGACAGGGAAGUUGGGUUGGAUUGCAUGAGGAAAUGAAAUUGGAUAUGCAGAGAAUUUGGAAAAGAAACCUAGGGAGGGAUGAUAGAUGCAUUGCUGAUAAUGGCAGGGAGGCUAGGUUUCCUUUCUUGGAUGAAGAUGUUAUAAAACUUCUACUUGAUAUUCCACUAUGGGAAGUUGCUGACCUUAAUCAACCUAGCGGGGCAGGUGAUAAGAAGAUUCUGAGAGAGGUUGCACAAUUACUUGGUCUGUAUGAAGCUGCAACUCUUCCGAAAAGAGCUAUACAGUUUGGUUCAAGAAUUGCGAGGGAAUCAAAUCGGAAGAAUUUUGGAAGUAAUCGGGCCGCAAAUCAAGCAUCUGCAGGGAGUGUGGUUAUUAGCACCAAAUCGGGUGUGCAUUAACACUUGCUCUUGGUGAACCCAGUGCAAUAUCUUCCUUCCUUGCCUCUUUCUAGAGCUUCUAUUUUCUCGGCCACGAAUUGACAGUUUAUGUAAUUGGUUCAAGAGAUGGAUGGUGAGGACAGUAACAAUGAACCAGGAAGAAUAUUGUUGUGCGGUUGUGCAGACAUUGAUCUGGUGUGCUGGGGUUAGGGGCUUCAUUCCUAUUGCAUUUUUUGCCCAAAACAUUAACCCACUAGUCUUUAGUCUGGACUUGGUGCAUAGAAUAUUUUGGGUAAUUAAUUUGUGUCCUCAUGAAAGAUCUUCUUUGCAACCACAGCUAAAAGAGUGAUUCAAAGGAGUUAAUAUUUGAUUUUAGCCAACAGAAGAGCUUAGACAUUGUACGUUUUUGAUAACUGAUUAUUACCUUGGUGUACUUUUCUCAGUGUCUGUAACAUAUAAUUAGGACUAAUAUUUCCCAACUGCUCAUGAAACUUGCAUAUAAGAGAAUAUACACUCUGGUA